AUGUUUCGUCGGCUUUUCCAGACGGAGGCGUCCGAUGCUCCCCAAUUAUCGGUCGCCGUUUCUUUAGGAGCGAGUCGGCCGAAGGCCUCCAGUAGAGGCGCUGCAGUUGCGGAAUCAAAAGUGAAGGAGAUCACUGUGCGGCUGCUGCGGCGAUUGCGGUCUUUUUUUCGGACCCACAAAAACAUUCUGCUGGGAACUUGCGGUGCUGUGGUUGUGGGGUACAUGUGCCAAUGGAUCUGGCGCGUGUGCGGAGAGCGACGGAACACUCGAUCUGCGCAGGAUAAUGUGAAGAGGCCGGCGUCUGGUUGGGGGCUGCGGUGGUUUUGGCACUCACCGUUUGCUCACAUGAAGGGCUUUAGUGGUGACACCGUGGGAGACAGCGGGCAAAGCUCGUGCUGCCCGUCAGGUAGAUCGAUUUUCCGGCAAACUGGAGAGGAUGAUGAUGAAAUCAACUUCGUUGACGCCACAGAGAGCGCAUUCCGCAUGUUUCAACGCCGGGUGGAACGAACGCAUGAGGCACCGCUUCUUCUUGUGUUGAGUGAGCUGGAGAGCCUUGGUAGGCGCUGGCAGAGCCAAUUAUCAGACACGAAUACCGUAUUUGAGGAGGAGCAUGAGGAAGCCGGUAAUAUGAAUGCCGCUUCCGCUGGUAUUCGGACCGAAGAGACGGUGGAUGAGACCCUGCGAGAGGCUAUUCUGCGAAAGGCAGUCGAGGCUGAUGAGCUACUCACCCAGUAUGUCGUUCAGCUGGACUUGGCCCCGGUAGGUAAUAGUUCUGCGUUGAAGAAGGAGCGGAAAGCGUCCAUCGUUGCUGCCUCAGCAUUGGCAGAACGCAUCGCCAAAUGGAUGUCUCUAGCGUCUCGUCAUCAGCAGCCUUAG